GCUGGUGUCUGGAUCCCCUGUCUGUGGAGGAACCGGAGUGUUUCUGAGAGGAGGCUCCAGACACUGCAGUGCAACAGCAGCAGGAGGAGGAGGAUAAGCAGCAGCUCCUCCAGCAGCCCCAGCUCCUCCAGCCUGUACUUUCCCCGUCGUGUCUCUUUAAGAAGCCCGAGAGUGCGCAGAGGCGGCUCAUCACAUGAUUCUUCUCUUGUGACAAUCCAGACAGAAAGGAACGAGCCUCUCUGACUUCCAGCGGAGUGAAAACCCGCCGCGAUGACACACAAUCACUGUUGUUCUGGCACCGAAGGACCAAGAGCGAGGAGGACAUGGAGUUAAGUUAACCACGACCCGCCGGACUCGCACCAUUCCCGUGUCUUCACUGCGCGUUUGGCGUCUUCUCUCUGUUGGACACGAAGCAGCCGGAGUUCCGCUUUGAGACCCCGAGUGUCGCGGAGGAGUUUUGAAGUUGCAAAGGGCCAGAGGACAGAGGACUGAGGCGGCACGUCGGCCGAGAUGGUGGACAGCAAACCGCUCCUCCAGGACAGACCUCCCGCCUACGUCGCCGGCCCGGGGGCGUUCGAGUACGGCCCGCAGCCGCACGGCUAUGGGGCCAUCCCGCCUCCGGCCCCGCCGCCGUACCCCUACCCCGACGCCCAGGGAUUCCCGUCGGCUCAGAUGGGCCCUGCAGUCUCCCAGCAGCCCUACACUGGGGCACGGCCGAUGGCCCCUGCCGUCUCCCAGCAGCCCUACACUGGGACAUACACCAUCAUCCAGCCCUCUGUAGUGGUGGUGGGAGGCUGCCCUGCCUGCCGAGUCGGUGUCCUGGAGGAUGACUUCACCUGCCUGGGGAUCCUGUGUGCCAUCUUCUUCUUCCCUCUGGGGGUCCUCUUCUGCUUCGCGCUGCGUCAGAGGCGGUGUCCCAACUGUGGCACCACCUUCGGCUAAGAGGGACCAAACCGCAGCUCUCACACAUGCUUGUGCUCCCCGUGCACACACACACAUAUAUAUAUAUAUAUAUAUAUAUAAUCCAGCAUAUUCGUGGCUUCUUUUUGUUAUCCUUCUCAAUAUUGCACAUUGCUGUCGCCAUUAUGUCGUGUAGAAGAAAUCAUCGAGAUGUCGUCACAAACUUCAGAGUGAGUUUUUAAUCAAAGGUUUUUGUAGAAAUCAGUUUUCAUCUGCUAGUUGAGGACGUGCUCUAGCGAAUGGGAGCGUCCGGCUGUCGUCAGUGCCUUCACGACAUGCAGAGUGAGCGUCACAGAUUCCACCAGUCAUGACUUCUUCUGUAGAUUUAGCUCAGCGAUCCAAGGACCUGAGCAGAUUCCUUCGUGUUUUUGCCAAGUCAGAAUAAACGAGGCUAAUGUCGUCUCUUUUUUUUUUAAGGUUUAUUUCUUCGCUCUGGCACGCUGCGUAUAUAUCUUGUUUUGUUAACAUUGGGCUUAGUAACUUAGUAACAGCACCCAGGUUGAUCCCCAAUGUAUUAGCUUUUUUACAGGAACUGCUAAUCUCUUUGAUUUGGAAAUGUUUCCUCACUUCUUAUUGCUGAUUGUGACCUGGAGUAACACAAACAACACGUGGGGGGAAAAAAAGGAAAUGUUGUGUAAAGACCCCUGAACUUUCCCGUCUGAAUCAAUGGACCCGUGUCAGAGUGAAAGGCCGCAGCAUUCUGCCUCUGUUUUGUUGAUAUGAUAUUUCUUUGGGGCCAUAUUUGCACUGACCGUUUUUUUUUUGUUUGAUGAUUAUUCUGCUGGGUUGUGCGUUUUCCAGGGCCAAUGCAGAACUCAGGUACACACAAUCUGAAACGCCCUCGACUUUACAACCUCAAUCACUGUUUGACUUCGGACUUCUGCCCACGUUCAGAGAAACUCUGGUGUCGCCGCGCGGACUCGCUCUCUUCAAGGAAGCAUGCUGUCUCUCAAUAACGUGCAUAAUCUCUGGACUUCUAUCUUAGUACUCUCCUCCGUGACAAGUCACCCUGCCCCCGUUCUUCCCAGCCAGACAAUCAAGAAUGUCUCCGUGUGUCCCUGUGUCUGCAGCCUCUCCCGCGUCCACGUCUUCCAUCACAGCAGGAGGUUCUGUCCCUGUCCACGGCAGAAGAGAGGACAUAUAUCUGGGGCGGGAGGGAUUUAAAAAAAAAAGAAAUAAAGAAAAAAGAAUCUUGCUUUAAAAACCACACUACGCACGCUCUUAUGAUUAGGGUUCUUACUUUUUAUAUAUCAGUUACUGUUAUUAAAAAAUGAAUGCUACUUCA